GAAAGGGGAGGAAAUUAAGAAUGGUCAUCGCCACCGUUGUAGCAGUUGUUGUGGCUGGCAUAGUGCUUGUUGUUUUAUGCAUUUAUUUUGAAAGGAGAAAAUCAAGACUAGAAUAUACGCAUGAAUUUGAAGGCCAAGAGAAAAAUGAAGAUGAAUUUGAAGCUGAAGCGAGUAAUGACCUUAAAGUUGGGGAUUUGUUGCAAUUUGACUUGGAAACCGUCAUAUUAGCUACAAACAACUUCUCUGAUGCAUAUAAGCUUGGUCAAGGUGGAUUUGGAAGCGUUUACAAGGGUAUGCUCCCAGAUGGACAAAAUGUUGCUAUCAAAAGGUUGGCAAUCAAUUCUAAUCAAGGAGAAACCGAAUUUAAGAAUGAAGUGUUGCUAACAGGGAAGCUUCAACAUCGAAAUUUAGUUAAGCUAUUAGGUUUCUGCUUACAAAGAAAAGAAAGACUACUGAUCUACGAGUUUGUCCCUAAUAUAAGUCUUGAUUAUAUCAUAUUUGAUCCAAUCAAGCGUGCAAAUUAAUUUGAAUUGGGAAAGACACUACAAAAUUAUAAAAGAUAUUGCACGUGGUCUUGUUUAUCUUCAUGAAGAUUCUCGAUUACAAAUUGUUCACCGUGAUCUUAAAAUAAGUAAUAUUUUGCUAGAUGGAG